AUUUAAAAAAAUUGUCGAGAAUAUAUUUAAUUAGCUACAUUUUUAUAUUGUUCAGAUAACCGUUACGCUCUAAUAAAUGAAUUACUCGAAAAUAUCGAUAGAACGCUUCUGUACUUAAAACCAGGCGGCCACGUAAUCAACCAUCUGGCAACUACUCCAACAGCUGUUUACUAUCGACUUUGCAAAAAUAAUAAUCGCGUUAGAGCAAUUUCGCAUCGAUUCUGUUUAUUUGGGAGAAAAAUGCAGAAUAACCAGAAAAAGGCGCCGCAUAAUGUAACGCAAACGGCGAACACCUAGCUGCAGACCCAAGAUGAUACCCUGGAUGCGCGAGAAGUUCAACGAGAAACGGGCCAAAUGGCUGGCGCGCAGCAAAAGAAGUGGUGCUUCUCCGACGGACGAAAGUCCUCGGAGUAGUAGUCAUAGUCACAGCCAAAGGACAGACGCCAGCGAUGCGGAGAGCCUUAGCGGAUCCUCACUUAAUGUUCAUACGGCAGAAUCUGAGACACAGACGGAUGGCGGAAUAGCCAAUGCACCGCCUCUUGUGGGCGGUGGCAGUUGCGUUCUGAGGACUCCAUCUCCCGCCCGACGACGUCGCAUGCACCUAGAACUGCAGCUGCAGAGAAGGGAGGACCGGACUGAGCAGCAUGUGGAGCUCCAGGACUCUCCCACGCCCACUCAGCAGCAGCAGGCCAAUGCUUUGUUCCUCAGAAAAUCAGCCCAUUCCAAUCGCCCAAAUAGCUCCGUUACUGCUGGCGAGGCAGAAGAUGCCAACAAGCCGGGUGAAUCUAUAAUGGUGCGGGUAAUCUGUCCAAGCUCGCGGGUUUUGGUCUUCAAGACGGACGUCAACAAGCGCCUCAACGAGCUAAAGAGCGAGGUAAUUUUGGAGCUGAGCGACGAUCCCGACUCCAUCCAGCUAUUUGCUCCAGAUGUGCGGCAUUUAAACCCGCGAUACCGUCUUUACCGAGCGGAAUACUUUGGUGGCGAACUAAACGAAUCAGACACUUUGGCCCAGCUAAGAGUGCGCAACAAUGAGACUUUCAUCCUGUCCCCUCGACGCAAUACCCUUCCGCAAACGGUAUCGCGAAUCCGCGAGGUUCCCGGACCCAAUGAGCAGCUGGUGGAGAGCGCGACGCGAUAUGUGCCCGUUAACGGCAGCCAACUCCCCACCAUCGACAUUAAUGAGAUCUUUCAGCAGUCGAACAUACAAUACGAUGUGCGAAAGGUGCUGAUAUCCCUGGCUCAAGCUUCGGCGGCGGUUAUAGGAGCUGGCCCCUAUGCUCCGCGCUUGAUAGCCAUGCUGAAGCAACGUUUGAUUAACCGCCGCAAUCAGCAGGCAGAUACGUUGCAGUGUCUGGUUGACAUGGGAUUUAAACGGGAGCUGGCUGCAUUUGCCUUGAAGGCUAACAAUGGCAUUUACUCGACCACGAUGGAGUGGCUGAUACAAAACCAAAACGAAGAAAACCCACAGGAACCACCGGCCAUGAACAUGCAGCACAGCCUUUCUUCCAUCUCGCCCUCCACGAUAGUCACUAAUAAUGAAGCCAUUGAAAACACCGCCGCCUUGAUUGAGAUUGUGCGAAUCUACAGCCAUCGGGAUUCACCGCCCAGUGAUGAGAUUGUAGAAUCGCUAACCGAAAUGGGUUUCGAGGAGACGGCUGUGUUGGCGGCGUUAAAAAAGACUGGAAACAACAAGGCCUCCGCUUGCGAAUGGUUGUGCGACAAUCGCUCUGGCAGCGUAAUUGAGCUGCGUGAAGGCUUGGCGCCUGAUUCGCCCAUCCUAAAGGUGAUUCUGGAAAUGCCACAGGUCCAGAUGACUCUUAGCAAUCCCAAGACUUUUCUUGCAUUUCUGGGCAUCCUGGAGAAUGAGCAUGCGAUACGCGUGUGGCGUGGCGACAACGACACAACCUCGGUCAUCACACAUAUCCUGCAAAAGUACCAUGAGGAGAAGCAUGUGCUGGGCAUCAAUCAGUUCUACACAAACCGCUGGUGAACGCUGGUGCCGCUAAGUGGCUUUAUUAUGAGAUUAACCAAAUUAUAUUUAUACAUAUACAUUCAUACACACAAUCACACACCCGAAGUGCAUGGCUGAACCUUGGUCCAUUUUGGGGCCCCCAUUAUACAUUGUGUAUGUGCCCAUAUAUAAAGAGUAUUUUUGUAGCCAAAAAAAAAACAUGAAAGUAAACUGCACAAAGCCAAAGAUGCAAAAGCUUCGCCAUAAGCACGCGGCUGCACUCUACAAACGCUUACCGAUCAGUACGAAAUGCAUUAUAUACAUAAAUAUAUAUAUAUGAAUAGGAA